AUGGCAGACGACCUCUACAGCAGCACCUUCUCUGCUUCUGAAUCCGACUUCUCCUCCUCCUCAUCGUCCUCGGCGUCGGCCGCUUUCCUCACGCUCGAGCAGAGGGCGGCCUUCGUCUUCGUCCUCAUCCUCUUCAUCUUCUUGGGCCUGCUGAUCGUCCGCUGUUUCCGGAUCCUUCUGGACCCGUACCGGAGCAUGCCGUCCUCCACCUGGACGGACUACAUGGAGAAGGACACCUUCGACUACCGGAUUUCCUGA